AUGGAGACCGUGCUGAAGCGACAGCUCUCUACCGCGGGAUACAUCGGCCGCUUCUGGGACAACCUCGUCAAGAUCGGAAGGGAUAAGAUGACGCGACCUUACCUCGUCGCGCGUUUGGAUCUUCUCGAGUGUUACUGGACGCGUUUUUUGCAAACUCAUGACGAGCUACUGGCUUUUGAGACGCUCGGAUCUACCGACUACGUCAAACAGGAUAUCUACACCGCGACGGAAGACAGUUACCUCGGCUCCAAGGCGCGCAUCGCGUCUAGCAUGCCGGCUCCAAAAGCGCCCGAGACGGCGGGCGGCAAGAGCGAUGCGUCCACAGUGCUGCGACAGAUUCAACUCCCAAAAAUUGACUUGCCUACGUUCAGCGGCGAUCAAUUAGCCUGGGAGGGGUUCCGAGACCUAUUCAAGUCGCUCGUGCAUGACGUCGAAGGACUCGCUCUGAUUCAGAAGCUCCAAUAUUUGAAGGCCAAUCUGACGGGCGACGCGGCGGCUGUCAUCGCGAAUAUCGAAAUUACCGCACAAGGUUACACUUCGGCGUGGGAGGAGCUUGUCUCUCGCUACGAUAAUAAGAGCGUUUUAAUGGCGACACACAUGCGUGCCCUGCUCUCUGCCACGCCGAUCACAAAGCCGUGUGCCGCGGAAAUCAAUCGCUUAGUAAGCACCGUGAAUCAAGCUCAACGCUCGUUCAAAUCCAUGGGCCGUCCGGUCGAUCACUGGGACGAUUGGUUCGUCCAUAUUUUAAUAGAGAAGCUUGAUUCAUCAACGCGUUUGCUCUGGGAAUCCUCUCGCGAACUGAGCCAGGACUUCCCGUCGUUCUCUGACCUGAAGGACUUUCUGUCGUCUCGCGCGCGCGCCCUCGACGCAGCCAACCCUCGCGUUCAACCGGUUGCCGCAAAGACAGCGAAACCGAGGCGCUCCGGCCGCCGAGAUGACGUAUCGUUGAACGCGACGUCCACUGGAUCCAACGACAAGAGCAUCUCUUGUCCCCUCUGUCGGGAGCAACACGCGAUGCGCUCGUGCACGAAGUUCAAGGCUCUUUCCGUCGAAAAUCGACGCGAACAGGUCCGCAAACGAAAGGCCUGCUCGAACUGCCUAGGGCAAGGCCACGUGGCCGCGGCGUGCCAUUCCAGCAACAGAUGCCGUCUCUGCAACGAACCUCAUCACACGUUGCUGCACGGCGGUAGCUCAGAAGCGGUUCAUCCCAAGGCGGACAAGCCGGCCUGCGCUUCUACGGCGAGCGACAAGCCGAGCCCUUCAAGUAACCCCACAGAGGUCACCGCGUUGUCGAGCUCUGUAUCGGGCAUCGUAUUGCUUGCCACAGCCAUCGUCAAGCUUUACGCAGACGCUGGACAAAGCGUAACCGCCCGCGCACUGCUCGAUUCGGGCUCUGAAGCGUCGUUCGUUUCGUAG